CAUUUUUUGUUGUUUGUUAAUGGGUUUAUGCUCAUUGUUAACAAUCUAAUGUAAUGUUAUCAUUGUUGAUGUAAUGUAAAUUGUUAUUAACGUAAUAAAAUAUUUAAGGUUAUAAUCAUUAUAGCCGAGCAUUAUCAAAUUUUAAAUGAAUUAUUAAUAAAAUAUAGUUACAUUAUCUAUGUUUAAUAUAUCAUGAUAUCAUAUGUUGUUUGUUAAUAUAUCAUGAUAUAGGGGUGGCAGCCGGUCGGUUUCGGUUUAACCGAAAACCGAAAUCUCGGUUUUCGGUUAAACUGAGACAUGACCAACCCCUACCGUCAACCGACCGUCCCAUCAGGCCCGGUUAGCCGCAAACCGACCGGUCGGUUUUCGGUUUAGGUGCGGUUUAACCGGGGCAACCGAAAAUGUGAAGGCCAGUUCGGUUUAGGUGCUUAACCGACCGGUAACCGGUCAAAUCCGACCGGACAAGAAGGGAGGAAAACCUAAAAUCGACAGCCAUGUUCCUCUUCCACCAGAUCUUCUUCUCCUUCUCCUUCUUAUUGCUCUUCGUGAUCGAUUACCAUCGCCGCCGAGGUGUCGCCGGAGUUGGUUGUGGUGGUGGGGCUGUAGUUGUUGAAACCCACCUCCUCUGCAUGCGGAGGCGGUGGCUCCGGCUAGAAGGUCGUGGAAAUCGUGCCAGUUCGGAAAUUGGCCCCCAAUUUCAUUCCUGGGAGAAGCUCCGCCACAGUUCCCGCUCUACAGACCCAUCUGGGUUCAGCUCCCGCAGCACAAAAUUGCCGGAAUCGAGCAAAACAACGCUGGUCUUAACUCCUUCCUCGACGGCGGUGCGGGUGCGGGUGAGGCUAGUUACGGCAAAGAUUAGGUCGCCUUUGCCAUCUACCAUCUUCAAGUUUCCAUCGCUUGCAAGGACAAUAACCCCUGUUUUGUAGAGAAUUGGGGAAUCAGGGUUGCUGACCCAGAUGGGAGAAAUCCGCAAUUCGGGGUUUCGACAGUCGCAGAGGCGAGGCGGCCGGGGGGGGGGGGCUCGAGGCGAGGCGGCGGGGGCUCGACAGUCGCAGGGUUGAGGGGCGGGGGGCACUCGAGGCAUGGCAGCAGGGGCUCGGCAGUCGCAGACGCAGACGCAAUGUGAGGGUUGAGGGAGAACGAAGGCGGCAGCUAGGGUUUGGGGGGAAUGGGUGUGUUUAAGUAGGCAAAAACGACGGCGUUUCAUCUCGGUCGGUUAGCGUCGGUUAGCCGGUUAACCGGCUUCGGUUUAUCGGCUAACUGCGCGGCCACUAACCCAUUCCGACAACUGACCGCUCCUCUAUUUUUUCGGUUUCAGGUUAGCCGCUAACCGGCGGUUAACGGUUAGACCGGCCGAUUAGCCGCUAACCGGAAACCGAACUGACAGCCCUAUCAUGAUAUCACGUAGUUGUUACAACUUACAAUUUCACUUUCACGUUAAGAACGUUAAGCAACUCCCACCAAAAUGUUGUUAAAGUAUAUCAUAACUAAUAGUAUCAAAAUCAUUAAAAAUUGACCUAAAACAUUUAUAAUUUUCAGUUUCAAUGAAAUUUUUGGAAUGAG